GCGCUUGCGCGCGUAGUUCGCGCCACUGCUACGUCGCUUGCUAGCCAGAUGUUCUGAAAAGCUUCCUGUCGUCGUUUGAUACCUCUGCGUUUUUAACUUGUUAAAAUAUUAUAAAAUGUGGACUAGGGACCUUAUUUUAUAUCUUUUACUAGUGAUUUAUUAGAUGUGUAAAUUGAUUAUGUGUUUUUGUAAAGUGUGACAAUUAACUGAAAGUUAUCGGGCGACUCGAUAUCCACGAGUUCACUCGAGAGACGAAACCAACAAAGCGGCGGACAUUUUAUUUUGAGUACUCGAUAAUGUAGCGUUUGCGUCGAAAACAUUAAAUGUCGUUUUAUGGUUCUGUAUUCGAAUAUCGUUCGCUUACACCUUUUCGAUGCCGAGGGGGGUGAAGCGAGGGCAGGCGGAGGGCGAAGCUGAGGUGGUGGUACGCGUCGGGGCGUCUCCGUCGCAGACCACGCUCCUGGAUGACAGCCCGAGCCAGCCUAUCAGCUAUCACCUGCUAGAUCAUGGCUAUGGAGCCACGCCACAGCAUCAGAUACGGCGGGAGGCGCCCUCCGCACCGCCGAAGACUUCAGAAACGGUGAAACGGAGACUCAACCUUAGCGAAAGCAGUUCAGGAAGUCAGGGGCAUGUGGUGCCCAUGAAGGCGGACUUCAAGACGCCCAAACAGAAACGAGUGAAGGUCCUCACGCCGUAUAGUCGCCCGUCCAGUUCUAUGAAAAAAUACACAGAACGCUCCAGGUUUGACACAUCAUUAGGUUUAUUAACAAAAAAGUUCGUAGCUCUGCUCAAGUCAUCGCCUAACGGAGUUUUAGAUCUGAACGUUGCGGCGGAAUACCUCUCAGUACAAAAACGUCGUAUCUACGAUAUAACAAAUGUGCUCGAGGGCAUUGGGAUUUUAGAAAAAAGAUCGAAAAACAAUAUACAAUGGAAAUGCGGUAUAGGCGCAGAAGGACUAGGCGAAGAAAACCGCGUGCGUCGUUUGCGACGGCAAGUGGACGCUCUAGGUGUGAGAGAAGCGAGGGUGUGUCGGGCGUUGGCAGUGGCCGACCACGCUCUCAACCGUCUAUCGGAGGAGCAUGGCCAAAGGGCGUAUAUAACGUACGCGGACCUCCGAUCUAUACGCGAGUUUAAGAACCAAACUGUCAUACCUAUCAAGGCACCGGCGGAUAGCAAGCUUAAUGUCCCUCAUCCGGAUGAGGAGAAUGGCUACUCCAUCCACCUGAAGUCCUAUUCUGGGGAGAUUGAGGUGUACCUCUGUUCCAAGGAGCGGUCUUCAUCGUCAUCCCCAGUAAUACUUCCAGCGGACCCGUUACUGGAGGACAACAAGGCGUUACUCGCGCCCCUUGUCGCCCAAAUGCAGGCGAUGCCUUCAAGCUCUAUAAGCGCUAGUUUUACAACCCCAAUUAAGCGUGAGCCGGACAGUGACGAUGAUCAGGCGUGCAUGUCACGCAGUCUUCCCGUACAAUCGCCCUGCGUCACGGAUCCCACUCUACCAUUGCAUUCGAGGGUUGCGUAUACGACGACUGUCGAUUUGCCUGCUGAUCAUUCCGGAGCCCGAGGCAGACUGCGAAACGCUUUGAUCUCAGACAGCGACUUCGCCCCUAUGUUAGGUGGAGGACGGCAAUUGCUUCACAAUGAAGAGACGGAGCCGAUGGAGUUGGAGCCAUUCCUGGCCUUGGAGCCUCCGAUGUCGGCGACAGACUACGGCUUCUGUCUCGAUAACGACGAAGGUCUCUCGGAGCUGUUCGACUUUGAAUUCUAGGCCCUUUCGAAGACACAAUCCUCGAUCUAUCUUCGAGACCUGUCACUUUGUAUGCAAAAAUCACUUUCAGCUCUCGAAGCUGGGUUAUGGCUUGAGUCGCGGAGUGGGCGGUGUUUGUGUCACGUGUAAAUAUUGAACUAUUUUUACCCGGAUCGACGAAAAAGUUUCUACUUUUUUACCAUUGUAAUUUACGGGAUAGUUGUGAACUCUUGGAGUACCUCAAUCAGAAUCAACGAGUAUUUGCAGUUCGAAUGGGAAUGUAAACGCGCGGUCGUUUGACGCACAUAGAGCAAUAAUUUCGAGCUAUUACGGACGAAGGGUCCAAGCCAAAUUGUCAAAAGAUGAAAUCAAUUUAUUCCAAGCAUUAAUAAGACGCUCAAUGGCGAUUAUUCUAGACUCAACUUUCAUUUUUUUUAAUGUAAAUAAAAUUAUAUGUUUUUUUGUAAUGUUUAAGUUUGCUCUGUUAACAAUAUGUGUAUUGGUGGAAUACAUAUCUGCGCUAAUAUUCAAAUCUUCUUUAGAACAUCUUCCGAUAGCGCUUCUGCAUUCAAUACCAAAACCCAAUUUCGAUAUUUUCAAAAAUUGUAGACGUCUUGAACCCGGAUCUCGUGGUAUAUUGAAGUCGCUAUUGGAAGAAGAGUACCGUCGCAGGUCAAGUGUCCGUGUAGAUAAGGCCACAUGCGUGUACGUUCCCUUCCGCGGCCGCACUGUACAUAGUCUCGCUCAAAUCGGCCGCGGCCUGUACAUAUAAAGUAAUGAACGGUGAUAUCAUAGCGGCCUUCGAAUUUUACUUGUAAAGCUAGAAUAGGACCCGUCAAUGCUACGUUUGUUUGCACGAUGUGGGACGCACCUGUUGCACGUAUACGCUCGAGACACGCUACUCUCAUUUAAUAAUAGAAUCUAUCUUUGACUGGCUUACAGAAUACUUAGACAAAGAUUGAGAGCCGAGAAUUAUGUAGUCCCGUAUGUUAAAAUCGUUGUCACACUUACAGAUAUGUCUCGUCCGAAUCAAAGGAGCCAAGUUGGACUCCUGUGUGUUAAGUAUGGAAGUCAUACCUUGGCACUAAGUUUUGAUUCUGAAUCUCACCCUUAUUAAGUGAUUAGUGGUAGAAGAUCCCUCCCUAUGUGAAUAAAGGGUCUAUUUUGGUAUGUCAUGUAAAUAUUAUUGACGGUUCGUUAAGUUGAAAUCUAAAAGUAUAUUGAGUCCAAUAAAAAACUAUUCGUAAUUACGCAACAGGUGCGUUUUACUUCAAAAUAUAAGCCACACUCGACUAUUGUUUGCCAAAUAUUUAGUUAAUAUUUCGGUUACGUUAAGCUUCACGUUUAGUUGUCACUGUAAAUACGGGCGGGGCGGGGUCGUCGCAUUGUUUAUUAUUUCAAGUAUCAUUUGUAUAGUACAAAAUGUAAAAAAAACUGAAACCGUCUCGUAAUGUAAGUACAUUCGACAUUGUUGCGGAUAUAUGCUUUCUUUUGUCUAUUGGUUUGUGAGGGAUGCUGAAAAUAGCCAAAUAGGCCAUAAAUGAGACCUACAGUUUAAGACGUAUGUUGUUAUAGUAGUUAUAUAUUUUCUUCAGCGUCAAGGUACGUGAAAUAAAGUUUUUAUUUCUAUAAUAUGAACCCUCAUAUAGGUGUUUAGGAUUCCCUAAAGCAAAUCUCUUAUCCUAAAGCAAUUCUUUCGAUGAUAUUUUAGCUCUAUUGAAAUCUUCCGGGCUUAUAUUCGCAACGUCGUUAGCGUGCGACGCCCUCACUCCGAUUAGUGUACAGCACAAAAUUGUAAAAACCUAUUAAUAAGUGCAUAUCAAAAUAAAAUAUUUUAGCGGUAAAUGCACGUGCGUAUGUUGAAUGGGUGAAGGCGCUCAUGGGACCUGUGCCGCUACUCUAGUAACUUCCAAUAGCGAUCGUGAUACCGAAGCUUUUAAUGCAAUUCGAAUGAUCGAAACCAUAGUAUGAUGUCGCAAACUUGGAAUUGCGCGGUACAUAAUCUGAUGAGCAAUCGUUAUGGCUUUUGGGAUUUAGAGUAGCAGCGCUGCUGGUAUUUGAACAUUUUAACUUUUAAGUCGAAGCUCGCUAUGUUAAGCCAUGAACUCUAGUUUGUACCACUAAUUCUGAUGUACAUAUACUAUUAAAUAAAUAUCUAUAGACUUUAUUUCCUGUUAAUGAAACCGAAAUUGGAAAAAAACUAACAUGUGGGAUAAGACGGGUUCAUAACUCAAUUAAGAAUUUGCGUUAAAUAUACGUAUUUCGAGAGAACAUCAGAAUUAUUUCCAUUAAAAAAAAAACAGAAAUGUUGGCUUUGCAUAGCAAUCUUUGAUGAUGAAAAUGGUUGUUUUAUUUUCCCUUCAUUGAGGACUAAAUUACAAGGCCUUAUAAGUUGACAUCGAAAGCGAUAUUGGAGAUCGUAUUUCGCGAUAUAUAUUUGUAAGGACAAGAAAAUUCGCUUCGAUGUCAACAAUAAGUCUGCAAGAGAUGUCGUUAGAUUUUGUUGCGAUGUUACGUUUUGGUUUAGAGUCCCGCCAGACACUGUUAAAUCAUUUGUCUUCAUUAAUACCUAAUUAAAUAAGUAAUGAAUUUCCACUAUUGUAUAUUUUUCUUAAAUUAGUUUAAAAUUCAUUAAUUUUUAUUUAUGAAACAUUCGAAUUGUAAUAGCAAAGAAUUCGUUUAGAUUUUAUUGUUGUUUUAAAAUUCUAAGUGAUCGAGUAAUGAUGAGGUCACGUAUGCGAUUUAUUAUACUUUUAAUUUUUAAUUUUGUUGAGGAGUUGGGAGAUAUUAUUUUAUCGUAGGAUUUUUUGCAAAUCGUUUGUGACACAUAUUCAGGGGCCAACGAUACGAAAAAGGAAGUACAAAUUUAAUUUUUUUUUCUUGUAUUUUAAUACUAUCUUCUAAUUGGUAUCACAUUGUAUUAUUUAUUACUUUCAGUGUUUUCUGUUGAUUUGGAUUAUUUUAGAUCAGUCGGACCAGAGACAUUAAUGAAAUUGAUCAAAUGUGCUCCGCAUUGUAAUGAGGAUCAAUUAGGAAAAAUUAUUUAAUAUAAUUUUUCAAGUCUACGAGUCAAUCAAAUUUAAGAGCCGCCAAAAAUUGUUACAGAAAUCUCUUUUUUUGUAGCUGUUGAAUUUGAAUGACCUGCUGUCUUCGAGAAAUAGCUUCGUCUCGAUUGAGAAAAGUAACAUAUAACGCACAUAAUCAGUUAACAAUUGGAAAAUACUGAUAUAAUUUCGUAUAGAUAGAAUAGCACUCGGAAUAUAAAUAGAACGAUACGAGUUCUACGUACAUUCAAGUACUUGAAAUAGUGAUUGGUUCCGUAAAGCUCGACCGCGCGGGCGCACCUGAGAACCAUUGAAUCAAAACUUUGAUUUUGACGUGGUUAAUAUUGAGAUUAGUAUAUUUCGAACUAUAUGUUUGGAGGCAAAUAUUGAAUUGUCUGUUGAUGCACUUAUGUGCGAAUCUGUGCCUGGUUGUAAAACCGAUUGUCAAGGACCUCAUACGUUACGCUUAUCUAGGAUGUAUAACAGUUCAUUGAACUUUCCGUCUGCAAUUAACUGGCAGAGAAUAAACAAAACAACGAUUUCUUGUGACAAAUGCGUCGUGUUGACGAUCCACAGGGUCCUAAUGUACAUUCGAUUUGAUAGUAACUGUUUGUUCUGGAUGAUUACUAGCAAUUAUUUCUAUGGUAUAGAUGUAAAAUUAGGCGUGCGCGCAUUGUCGAAUUGAGAUUGAACAGUUAUUAUACGGGUCGUUAGUUUGUAACAGUUCGAUUUUGUUUACGUCUGUCGCGGGAUUAUCAAUUUGUAUAGUUUUGUUCACUGUGACAAUGUGUACUUAUUUCUACUUCCAAAAAGCCUAUCAAAUGGUAUUUAGUUAACUCGCUUAGUGAUGGACAUUUUUGGAUGGUAUGUUUUUGUGUAUAAUUUUAUCUGGUUUAUAAAUGGUGCAAUGUUAUACUGUAUUUAUGGAGUGCUUGUGAGAUGUGUCGUGAGACUGAUCCCGUCGUUUUUUUUGUGUUGGAAGACUGAGAUUGAUUAUUCCAGUAUCAAACGUGCGAGUUAUUUGUUGAUUGAAUUUAAAUAUAAAGUCAUAUAUAUAGUUAGGUUAUAUUUUUUA